AUGUCGUCGUCUCUCUCCUCGGCGAAGAGUGCCGCCUCCAGCGCCUUCUCCUCUGCCGCCGCCAAAGCCUCUCAAGAAUCCGGCCGCAGCUCGUCGACCGCAGGAACGAUCCUCACUUCCCUCGCAGUUAUAAUCACAGUCCUGGCCAUCACAGCGGCCACGAUUUACUUCGCUGGGUACGCCGACGAUGUGACGGAAUGGAUCGCUAAGCGGUACUACAAAGGAAAAGCCAUUGCAGAGGUCAAAGUAUUGGAGAAUACCGGGAGUGAGAAGCUCCAGUCCAUGGCCAAGGAUUCAUUGAAGAGAAACCCGGUGCUGGGCGAGGGCGAGCUAGACCAAGUGUCUGGCGGCCUAGGCAAAGAGGCCGUGUCCGAUGGCCUCGGCGAUGUGAGUGGGAAGUUGGGCGGCCUGGGCAAGUUCUAA